UAAUAAUAAUAAUAAUAAUAAUAAUAAUAAUAAUAUUACUGGUCAUACAAAUACUCUUAAAAAUUUAUAUACUUUAAUUGGUAGUAAUAAUGAAUUGAAUAGUGUCGACGUUUCAAUGUUAAACACAAAUGGUAACAAUGAUUUAUUAAUAAAUUUAAUUCUUAUUUCAAUUGGUAAGGUUGAUCUUGAAAAAUUGGUUACCGGUUUAUCUGUAAUAUCAGAAAGAUAUAAAUCUACUUUUGAAGAAAGAAUAAGAUUGAAAAACACAAAAAGAUCAUUGAUUUCUAAUGAGGGAAACGAAAAAAAGCAAGGUCAAAAUAAUAACAAUAAUAACAAUAAUAACAAUAAUAACAAUAUCAAUAUCAAUGCUAUUAAUAAUAAGAUAUUGGAUAAAGCUAAUGGGUCAUUAAUUGCUCCUGAUCAUGUUUAUAGAAAUACUGAAGACAAUGAUAUGAAUUUUGAUGAGAACUAUGAGUCUGGAAUUCCAUAUAUUCUACCAGUUCCAACCAAGUUUACAUUGAAAGAAAAAAAAGAGCAUAUUAAAUUAAUUAUCAAUAAUUACUUAAAGUUAGCUAAUAUGGAUCAAAUAAAAUUAUCCUCGUUAAUAAAUAACAGUAAUACUGAUGAGGAUAAAGAGAAUAAUAAAAAGAGUCAAAUUAAAAUUCAAAAAGUAGCCAUACCUGAAUGGAAAAAGGACUCAUGGUUGAUUUUAUUGACAAGACUAGCCACAAGAGGAAUCUACUCCAGACUUGACAAAGAAAGACAGAAAGAAGACAAGAUGGAGAGAUUAGAAAAUUCUUCUGAUACAAGUCAAGAGAGUGGCGAAGAAAAAGAUAUUGAAUCUGAGAAUAAAGCUAAUGGUUUGAAAAAUGAAGAAAACGACUUGGAAAUUAAUGAUAAAACAAGCAUUAGUGUUGAAACAAAUGGAAAAAAUAAAAUUGAUGGGUCAAAUAAAACCGAAAAUGAAGAAUUAAGUGACUUGAUAAGGGAAGCGUUGUUUAAUUAUUUCUUAGAAGACAUUCACGAACGAAUGGAGGUUGUUAUUGAAUGGCUAAAUGAAGAAUGGUAUUCAGAAUAUGUCAAAGAAGAAAGUGAGAUUCAGAGACAAGCUAAAUUAAAAAAUCAGAAGUUAAGUGAUGAAAAAGUUUUUAAACUAAUUAAAACACCUACAUAUCUAAAAUGGACCAAUAAGAUCCUUGAUGCAAUGAUACCCUUUUUGGAUUUAAAGGACCGAAAGGUAUUUAUCAGGUUAUUUUCAGAUUUGUCUUACUUGAACAAGGAUAUUAUUUUAAAAUUGAAACCGUUGUGUUUAGAUCCGUUGAGAGGAAUUUUGGGAAAGCAAACUAUUCAGUAUCUCAUAAGGUUUAGGCCACCUGUGAAGGAGUAUUGUUUGGAAUUGUUGAAUGAGGUAAAAGAAGCAGAGAAAUAAACUCAAAUUAUGAGACAACUUUGCAGCCAGAUUUUUUUGAUUGAGUAUUUACGUUAAAUAGGAAAUCUUUAUUGUGCAAAAUUACCCCAGACACAAUAAGUAUGAUGAGGUGCUAAUAUUUCGAGGUGUCACUAUUACGGGACGUAAAACCUUUUAUAGUGGGCUGUUCGGGCUAAUUUCUUUGAUUAUACUGAUAGAGACGUGCAAACGCUGUAGUAAAUGGUAUUUAGUGUAUUAGCUAAUAGGGUAAAUAAUCAAUAAUAAC